GUUACUAGGGUUGUAGUUGGACACUCAAUGUGUUCCUUGUUUUAAUGAAUUUUGUAAUUACAAAGCAAAAUAUUAGCCAAUUUAAGUUCUAAAAUAAGUCAAAAUAUUUACAUGUUUGACAUGAGGUAUUUCUUAUACAAGUAAUAUUUAAUGUAAUUAUUUUGUUAAACAAACGGAAGAUUUUGGAUAACAAUGAUGGAUGACGUUGGAGGAAAGCAGUGAGGAGCGGUCUCCGUUACGCCCCCUAAACAAGGACCCACAUCUCACGAGCUUGACCCUAGCACGGCCCCGCCCAAUGAUCCACCCUUGUGUUGAUCCUCCCGUGUGUGAGGAGUGUCAGAAACUAGAGUUGUCGUUCUUUGACCCGGGAUGUCCGGGAUGCCAUGAGAUUCUCGUCAGUCCAAACACGAAAGUUCCGGAGAUUUUCGCCAUUCUGCGACAAUGGACCCCACAGACACAGCAGAACCUAGACCUUCUAGUGAACGAGGUUUUACAACGGGGAGCACAUAUCAAUGACCGAGAUGGUCUCACCGACAUGACAUUGCUCCACUACGCCAGUAAAUCCGGGGCGGCGGGGAUCGGGGAUGCUGACCUUGCCGCAGAGGUCGUGAGCAUGCUCCUCUCCAAAGGAGGCGACCCAAAUAUACGAUGUCGAUGGACCAAUAUGACUGCUCUACAUUAUGCAGCUUAUUUCGAUGUAGUUCCUGUGAUCAAAAUAUUACUUAAAGCUACCAAAGGACUUGAUAUAGACAGUAGGUGUUCAGAGUUUGACAAUGGCACGGCUCUACACAUAGCAGCAUCCAACCUCGCACACGAGGCAGUGAAAGUCCUGCUGCAAAACGGUGCCAACUCCCAUGUCAAAGAUGACAUGGACAGAAAAGCCUUAGAUUGUAUUCCUGACCCCAGUAACCUAGACUCUGACCCAGAUGUUCCAAGGACAGUCCUCAAGCUGAAGAAGACGCUAACAGAAGCUGACAAUGAUGCCAACCAUCGACCCCCGCCCAACUAUGACCUUGUUCAGAGCAAGGUCACUCUACAGGCACUCGGUAUCAACAUCGGGGAUAAAGUGGUUGUCAGUGGGGUAAAGAGUGGGACUCUGCGUUACUGCGGACCGACGGAAUUUGCAACAGGAAUAUGGGCGGGCAUCGAACUGGAUGAUGAGGCCGGGAAAAAUGACGGCAGCAUCGGGGGCAUAUCAUACUUCAACUGUUCUCAAAAACAAGGCAUAUUUGCUCCAAUCAGCAAGAUAUCAAAGCCUGGCAGUGUGGUUAAGGCAGUGAGUCCCACUAAACAGUCACAGCCAGUUAACCAGGGCAAUGUCGACGUGUCACGUGUUACGUCAAAAGUCGACUCUGGUGUGCAAGAGAAAGGAGCCAGUAGCGCGUCAUUUAGGCGAUCUCAAGGUUUAGUCAAGUCUCGUACCAAUUCCAUAUCAUCACUGGCUGAGAUUGAGCCCGGAGAUCGCGUCAUAGUUGCAGGACAGAGGAAGGGCACGAUCAGAUUUGUGGGGGAAACAAAGUUUGCCCCAGGUAAUUGGUAUGGUAUAGAGUUAGAUCGGGCAGCAGGGAAAAACGAUGGCUCCGUGAAUGGUGUCAAGUACUUCACGUGUCAGCCAAAACAUGGCGUGUUUGCCCCCCUCUCCAGAAUACAGAAGAUUCCUCACAAGAAAAAGAAUGCGGGCACCCCAAGGUUGACAAGCGAUGGGGAACAGGGGUUAGGAGAUAAACGAUUCAGCUCUAAUGAGUCCCUGGAGACCAUCAGUUGGGGGACGAUGUCAGAACGGGUGGACAAACGAGCAUCCAGUGCAGGUGUCGGGCACCACAGGGACGGGCGGCCCCGAACACCUGUCAAGCGACCCAAGAGUGGCACAGGGGAGAGCAUUAUGAGGACCCCAGGGUCAAGCUCAAACUUCAAGUUGGAAGUAGGCAUGAGUGUGUUCUGUAAUAAUGAACUAGGAACAGUGAGGUACAUUGGACCAACAGAUUUCGGAGAGGGAAUUUGGGUAGGGGUUGAGUUAAGGACAGCAAAAGGCAAAAAUGAUGGUUCAGUGCAGGGAAAGCGCUAUUUUUCGUGCAAACACGACCAUGGACUCAUUGUGCGACCAAAUAAAAUAACAGUGCGGGGAAUUAAUGGCUCAAGACUAGUUAAUGAGUUUUAUGGAGCCACUUCAAAUGGCACAAAUGGUUUAAAUCAUACGGAUGUGAAAGAUGGGGAGAAGUAAUGCAUACAGAAACAAUGCAACAGCAAAGAAAUAGCAAUGGGAACGUGUUUAAGUUAUGUACUGUAAAUGAAUCAUACUAAAUUGUAUGAAAUAACAAGAAGGGUAAAAGAUAUUGUUGAACCUUUUAUGAUCAUUAAAGGAGGUAAACAUUUGAAAUGUAUCAGUAACAACGGUGUGGACAAUUUUUAUCUUGAAAGUGCCUCUGAAAUGGGAAACAGCAGACUAAUCAAAAUGCUUUUAGCAGCUUAAAUCAUGUCAAAUAUGCCAAUCUGUUUCAAUGUUUUGGACAAAAGAUGUAAAUUCUAUGAAAUCCAAUAGAAAUACACAUUCAAACCGAAUAUUAUUCCAUUAAUUUUGUCUAAUGUUUAGGGGAAUGUAAAAGUUCAUUUUGUCGUUUAAAAAUAUUAUUUUAAAAAGAAAAUUCAUGUUUAACUAUUUAAAAUUUUACACAUGUUAUGUAUUUACAUAUCUUUAACAUUUGGUGCCAGAAUUCCAUUUCAUUCAUAAUAUUAACUCAUAUGUCUCAGCUUUAAUAGAGAAAUAAACAUUUCUCAUAUUAAAACCCCCAAAUUUGUAUCACACAUACACAUGUAUAUUGCAAUGUCAGUGUUAGAACAGUUUAUAAAGAAAAAACUAUUGUGCUAAAACAAUAAAAACAAUAAUUCAAACUUUAUUUCAUGUUGAUCAGGUUAAUAACAGAAGUAUCUAGGCUUCAUUUGAGCUUUGUAAAUUCUCAUUAAACAUGUAUUAUCUGUUCAUUUCUUCCCUUAUAACUGUCAACAUGAAUAUUGAUGUAUCCGUACUUUGUUAUUAAGUUCAGAUUUGUCAAAGGAUUUCUUUACUUUAGUUCUGUUUUCUGUCUCUUUAUUUGGUUUAUUUAUUUAUUUUUACCGGUAUAGCCUCUUAUUCUUUUAAGAUUAAUGUUUUACUUUCUUGUUUCUUUUGGUACUUAAGGGAUAUUAAGCUUGGUUUUGUUCUUUAUUGGAAUGCUUUAUUUAAUGUUAACAGUUAGUUGAAUGAAUACAAGUACGUAAUUUAAUUCUUCUUUUUUGCCAAUUGGAAGAACUAUAAGUGAAAUAUGCAGACAAGUACAUAUAACAGACAUAGACUAUUGUUUUUAUUCAACAUGUUUAAGAUAACAAUUCUAUUUGAGAGUCACUGCCAAGGAACACUGGUUUAUAUAGCUGCUCCAACUAUAUGCUAAAUCUACCAAGACUUGGUGCAUGAACAUCGGAGCAUUGGAAGCUUGCCCAUGUUAACAACACAGAAAUAAAAAUAAAGAAACUGGCCUUGCCAUUUUCGCUUAUACUUUGCAGUUUUGAUCUUAUAACUGAUUCUAUGUCUCAGUUAUAAAUUAGGCCCAAUAUGUUCAGUGUCGUUACAGGUGUGUGUCUCUUUGGUCAAAUGUCAUUUUUUUGGAAAUAACUGAAUGUAAAAUAUAUUACGAGUCAUUGGGAAAGUAAAAGAAAACACACUUCACUGACAAAAUGAUAAUGCACAGAUUGAAAUGUUCUUUUUUAAACUGAAGACAAACAGCGAUGCCAUAGUAGCCUUUGUAGACUUGUUUUGGUGUAGGUUACAGCAAUGCCAUUCUAGCCUUUGUAGACAUGUUUUUGGUGUUAUGUGUUAAAAUCCAUUUUAGAUUCAAUCGUUUGUAUUUAAAACAUGUAUUAUUCACAAAUUGUUAUUGAUGUACGGUAAUUCAGUUACAUCCAAAACAGCAGCAACCAUAAAAAAGAAUAAAUGUGUAAAACUGA